AUGGAUCUAGGGGACUCUAUCAACCCCGAAGCACAGCCUGAGGAAAAGCCUCGCACUCUCCCUGCAGAUCUACCCAGAUCUCUCGAUGACAGAAGGCAUGUGCCCAACGAGCACCUGAUCACUGAGACCGAGAUGUACGAUGGCUGGCAAGGCCAGUCCCAGUUCCUCACAACACCAGCUGUAGCAAAGCCUCUUGACUUUGGCAACCUAUCGCUAAACGACCCCGAAUACGAGGAUGACAUUACCAAAGGACCCAAAGACAGCGACACACGAUUAAUGGAAAUGCUGGCCGCCCAGGCAGCGCACCAAGCAGCUCCUGCUUUCGAGAACGAAGAUGAGGUUGUGAAUAGUGAAAGCCUGUCCGAGGCGGAGAAGAAGGAGAAAUUACAAAAGGCACUCAACAUGGCUGCAAGUAACGGUGAUGUCGACAGAAUUCGAAAGCUUCUCAAUGGAAAGGCAAAAGACUAUAUUGAUUUGGACGCUGAAGAUGAGGAUGGGACACCGCCCCUCAUCUAUGCUAGCUGCUUUGGCCAUGAACCUGUUGUCCAAGCAUUGAUUGAUGCAGGUGCCGACGUAAACAAACAAGACCGCAAUCAAUGGACAGCUCUAAUGUGGGCCAUGACAAAUCGACACAAGGGUAUUGCUAAACUACUCCUCGAUAAUAAUGCCUCCUCGGACCAAAAGACAUCGUCGGGACGAACAGCAUUCGACUUUGUCCCCCCGGAUAGCGAGAUGUCGUUCUAUCUCCACGAUAAUGGCUACAGUAUUGGAAGCGCCGGAACAGAUGACUUUUACCGACCUGGGUUCUCCCAGGAUAGAUUCGAAGAAGAGAUGGCUGAGAAUGAGAUGCGAAGAAGGCUGAUGAUGGAGAGUGCUCGUGAUCUCGAGGUUGACCUGGGAAACGUGGGUAUGGAUGAUCAACCCGAGCCUGUCGACGAGUUUGAGGAAGAGCAACAAGAAUUCGACUGGAAUCGCUGCUUACAUGAUCAAAUGUUUGUUUUUCAAGAACACGAACUUGAACGCAUCCUUGAUAUUAUUAUUACCAAUAUGACGCCGCAGAGAUCACCGACACAGAAACCGGUGCCAGCCAACAUGAUAUUUCUCAGCGCACGAUAUGCGCAUUAUCACUCAAGUCCCGAACUUCUGGAGCGACUCUUGGUGUCAGCUAUGGAUUACAUCAAUGAUGUUGUCGAGAGGUGUCAGUGGGACAUGACUAUUCUAGCAUUUUGGAUCUCAAACGCCACCCUACUGCUUCACUAUCUGAAGAAAGACCCUGGGCUUUUUGAGGCAACGGGCGAGUUCCAGGCGCAGCUGGCUGAAUUGAUAAAUGAGAUCUUUAUUCUUAUUGUACGAGAUGCUGAGCGACGUCUGGACAAGGUCUUGGACGUAGCCAUGCUGGAACACGAGACUAUUCCCGGAUUCGAGGAUAUCACUUUCCAGAAUGAGUGGAAGCUCUUUAAGCGAAAGAAAGAAGUCAAAGAGGAGCCACUAGAAAAGCGAUUCAGACCACCAUCACCGAAGCAGCGAGCAAAGCCAGCCCCCCGAAACGUUACCUCACUUCUCUCCUCUACUCUAUUUGUACUCGACCUUUACGAUAUCCACUCUGUGAUCACUGCGCAAAUCAUUUCCCAGCUUAUUUACUGGAUUGGAGCAGAGCUCUUCAACCGCAUUAUGUCAAAUCGAAAGUAUCUGGCAAGAACGAAGGCCAUGCAGAUUCGCAUGAAUAUCUCAAUCCUAGAAGAUUGGGCUCGGACGAAUAACAGACAGGCAGAGCACUUUGAAGGAGGUGAAAUACGCUCUUCUGGGGAGUCAACAAUGGAUGCUGCUCGAAGACAUCUGGCACCCGUAAUCCAGCUGCUCCAAUGGCUCCAGUGCUUUUCAUCACUUAAUGGAGAUGAUAUGGAGGCUCUGGUUAUCACACUACAGCAGCUCAAGAGACUGAGUCCCCAGCAACUUAUCCACUCAGCCAACCACUACCGGCCAGAAGUGGGCGAGAAGGGAUUACCAAAAAGUGCUAUGAAAUACUUGAUUAAUCUACAGAAAGAGGCGGCGCUCAAGCGAGAGAGACGGCGGAGUGGUGUACCUUCACCACAAAAGUCGGGCCAGGACAGCACACCAGUGACACCGGUAAAGGGCCGGUCAAACGGGAAUAAUCUCGCCACUCCUGGAAGUACUGCCAGUCCCCCAGAGGAUGAUUGGGACGAAGAUGAUGACAUGCCAGAGCAUCUGCUGCUAGAUCCCGCCCUGAUGUUGCCUUUCGUGCUGCCGUCGGUAACUGACAUGCUUGUAACUUACGGCGCUGGACUCGGUGGAGUUAACCGUGAGCGAGAGCGCAAGUAUAUCCCCACGGUGCCACCGGAGUUUCUUGAGAAGUUGGAGGUGAGCGGCGGAACUAGAAAGGGACCCAUGUUCGGCGAAGCAGAUUGGGAGAAUGAAGAAGUUUGA